AUGUCAGCCGGGGGCGAACAUCUCAAAGAUGAGGGCACGAAGCUGCAAACAGUGCUAGCCGGCGGGAUAGCAGGACUAAUCUCGCGGUUCUGCAUUGCGCCGCUAGACGUCGUCAAGAUCCGACUGCAAUUGCAGGUCCACUCGCUUUCGGAUCCGGCGAGUCACAAGUCAGUCGAAGGACCUAUAUAUAAGGGGACCAUGUCGACUAUGAGGGCUAUUAUGCGACAGGAGGGUAUUACUGGUCUAUGGAAAGGAAACAUUCCCGCAGAGAUGAUGUACGUCUGCUAUGGCGCUCUCCAAUUCACCGCAUACCGAAGCACAACACAAGCGCUCUCGGAACUGCCCUACAGACUUCCUCCGUCCGCCGAAUCCUUCGUCGCAGGCGCCACAGCCGGCGGAAUGGCCACAGCAACAACAUACCCACUCGAUCUCCUCCGCACACGGUUCGCAGCGCAAGGACCCGAACAAAUCUACAAAUCUCUCCGGGCGUCGAUUGUAGAGAUCGCACGACACGAGGGUAUAGCGGGUUUCUUUCGCGGGAGCUCAGCAGCCAUUAUACAGAUUGUUCCGUACAUGGGACUAUUCUUUACAGCGUAUGAAGGGUUCAGACCUAUAAUGACGGAGUUGGAUCACAUGCCGUUUGGGACGGGGGAUGCGGCAGCGGGUGUGUGCGCGAGUGUGAUUGCGAAGACGGGGGUGUUUCCGUUGGAUCUGGUUAGAAAGAGGUUGCAAGUUCAAGGGCCGACGAGGACGCGGUAUGUGCAUAGGAACAUUCCGGAGUACAAUGGGGUUGCGAGGUCGAUUGCGAUGAUUCUGCGGACGCAGGGCGUACGUGGGCUUUAUCGUGGGUUGACGGUUAGCUUGCUGAAGGCGGCUCCGGCAAGUGCGGUCACUAUGUGGACAUAUGAGCAGGUUUUGCGCAUUCUGCAGGAGACGGAGAUCGCGGCGAUGGGGUGA